GCAUCCGCCACACUUGCACUGCUACUACCACUACAUACUCAACAACUUAUAUCCUGCUACUCUACGAGAUACCUCAUAACUGUUAAUGCCGCAUCCCAAACACACCGUGGAUGGCAGGCGCACUGCGCGAUCUGAACUAGACGCAGACUACGUCGACGAAGCGCAUAUACAGGCUUUCUCGCAAGCUCUGCAGACCGAGGACUUCGACCUGAAUGACGAAGCCCCGAAUGUCACAAGUACGCCGACGAGCCCCGGACCCCGCGUACGAAAGAUCUCCGCGCUUUCAGACUUCGCGCCAGUCAAUGUCAAAGUGAAGAGAAGGAGGAAACCCAGCCAAACGCAACACAAGAGGCAGGAAUGGUUGUAUAUUGUUGUACGAUGGCCACUAUUGAGCUUCAUCUUUCUUUUCAUCGCCAUCGAGUUCGGGAUGUACAUACUCAUCCGGCAAAUGGUUAAUGCGAAGGAGUGGCUGUCUGCAUGGCGAGGUCGUAAGGGAGUGCUGAGGCAACGCUUGCGGAGCGUCCAAACGUAUCAGGAGUGGAAAGAUGCUGCUCUCGUCUUGGACGAGUACCUCCACUUCGACGAAUGGAAGCAUGUGGACGAGGACCCCUUCUUUGACUGGAGGCUCAUCAGGAAAGUGAGGAAGUCCUUGAAAGCAUUGAGAGAAAGGGGGGAUGCACGCGGUCUUGUCGGAGUCCUCGAGACUUGUCUCCGUACGAACUUCGCUGGAGUCGAAUCAGCAAGGUUGUACAGUGAAACUUUCUACGGCACAAAGGACCUCAUUGAAGACUACAUCAAUGAAGAGGAGAAAGCGCUGGAGUUCGUUCGCGAGUCUCCGGAUCUUUCCAACGACGAGAAACGGCGGUUCUACAAGAGCGUGAAUACGAACCUCGGAACCUCCGCCCUAUGCUUGUCAGGUGGUGCUUCGUUUGGAUAUUACCAUUUUGGCGUCGUCAAGGCUUUCUUGGACGCAGGCCUCAUGCCUCGCGUAAUAUCGGGCACGUCUGCAGGAGGAGUCGUAGCGGCCAUGGUCUGCACGCGCACAGAUGCAGAGCUGAGGCGGCUGCUCGUUCCGGACAUGGCCAGGCGAUUGACUGCGUUCGAAGAGUCAUUCCAAGUCUGGUUCAAGAGAUUCUGGUCUACGGGUGCUAGGUUUGAUGCAAUUCAUUGGGCAAGCAAGCUCUGCUUCUUCACGCGCGGUUCCAUGACAUUCCGGGAAGCGUAUAUGCGAACCGGGCGGAUACUCAACAUCUCAGUGGUCCCAGCUGAUCGGCACUCACCAACCAAGCUGUUGAACUAUAUGACGGCGCCGGACACUGUCAUUUGGAGCGCUCUCUUGGCGUCCGCAGCGGUCCCCGGUAUCUUGAACCCUGUUGUUCUGAUGCAGAAGUUGAAGGAUGGGACGAUCGUGCCGUGGAACUGGGGAAGCAAGUUCAAGGAUGGGUCGCUGAGAGUUGACAUCCCUGUACAAGCACUCAAUCUCUACUUCAAUGUCACACAUCCGAUUGUGUCCCAAGUAAACCCUCACGUACAUCUGUUCUUCUUCGCCCCGCAGGGUUCUGCUGGCAAGCCGGUGGCCCAUCGGAAGAACAAAGGAUGGAGAGGGAACUUCCUGUUGUCGGCUGGUGAACAAUGGUUGAAACUCGAACUGACGAAGAACUUCAAGUUGAUUCGUGAUCUCGACUUGCUCCCGCAACUACUGGGGCAAGACUGGUCCAGCGUGUUCUUACAGCGCUUUGAAGGCAGUGUGACAAUCUGGCCGCGGACGCGCUUCCAGGACUGGCUUCAUAUCCUUAGCGACCCCGAUGAGACCGAACUGGCCAGGAUGCUCCAUGUCGGACAGCUCGUUACGUGGCCGAAGCUGCACAUGAUUGAGAAUCGCUUCCGGCUGGAGCAGCAGAUCUUUUUGGGCCGCCAGGCCAUACGCAAGUCCAUGCAGGCCCGCAGCCAGGCGUCUCGCAAGGGCGAAGCUGCGCCUCAAGGUCGCAUUCCCGAGCCCAACACGGGCACGAAGUUACCUGUCGUCGCCGGCACGCCAGUCGUCUCGACGCUAUCGGAGGGGCCCCUGCCCAUGGAUACGGAUGCCGAAGCAGCCUAUCUGUCGCGUGCACAGCGGGAAGAGCAGCGAAACGCAGCGCCCGCGGCCUUUCCCCUGCAGUCGCCGGGCGCCGGGAGCUCAGAAGGGCGCCGCACGACUGGGAGGCGCCGGCGUGUGCAGAGCGUGGUGGAGCAGGUCGAGAAGGAGGCGGCGAGGGACGAGGAUCGCGGAGGAGCGACGCCGGACCCUGCGCCUCAGCCAGGAGAUAACCAGCAACAGCAGGCGUACGCCCAGGCGCGGCAACCAUCGACGUCACAUGCCAGCCCUGUUGAGUUCUUCCGGAGGCUGGGGCAAGGAUCGCCGUUCUCGACGUUCGCUUCGUUGAGGGGGAAGAACAAGCCACGGCCGGGGGACUCCCCUCACGAGGCUAAUGGCGAGCCGGCGUGGUCUGGGGAUAGCUCGUCGGAUGACGAUGACUUGUCGAUCAUAUCGAGGCGGCAGCGGCAUUCGUCAACGUUCGACAUUCGGACUGACUUCGAGCGGAGACACUCGCAGGUAGCGGACGAUGGCGAUGAGUAUUGAUCACUCCCUGUGUUGCGCUUGGCAAUCUUUAUACUCUUGACAGAGACCCAGUGCGUACUAACCAUCGUCACUCUUUUCCUCGUUUACCUAGUACGCCGGGCUGUAACUACCUACGACAUGCGCACGCAUGGGGGUUGUACAUGUAUUGUAGCGUACGGAUGUAAAUAAACAACUGCCAUGCGGAUAUAGUGGCUAUCUCAUUAUCUAAUUGGAGCCAUGUAGCAUGUUA